GAAGACGCUCGUCGAACAUUGGGACUGGAAUUAAUAUGAAAAACUUGGAGCUCGUGAUUAGUUCUCCUGUAGCAAUCGAAGUGCACACAUUUAAUAAAAAAAGUCUAUAACCUGGGCAAUCAAAUGUUAUCUCCGGUCAUUACUUCUUUGCGAUUAUUAUCGCUUGUGCUAUAUUUUCUUACAACCGCUGGGCAAUUCAUCUUUGAAGAUCAACCUAAUUUGCGCGAAGGAUCAGAGUGUAUUGCAGAAGGGAAUUUAGCGGGCGUUUGUACCAAAGCAUCCCAUUGUCCUCGGGCUAAGUUAAAUGCAUCGUCUACAAAAAUAUGCGCAUUCGAAGGAGUCGAAGCAAUAGUAUGUUGCGUUCGGACAAGCCAUUUGGUUUGCCGUAAUUUUUGGAAUCUUUUCGGAAAUGAAACCGAAAUCAUAGAUGCAACUUUAUUUGUUGGUGGAGUAAGAGCGAAAUCUCUUGAAUAUCUACAUAUGGUUGCUAUCGGGUGGAAAGAAGAUGAAGAAAUUAGUUGGAAAUGUGGUGGAAAUUUAAUCGCCUCUAAUUUUCUGUUGACUGCCGCUCAUUGUUCGACUUCAAGAGGGGUAGCACCAAGUAUUGUAAGAGGAGGAGUUGUGAACUUAUCUAAAACAGACUUUAAUUCAAAACACCGUGUGGAUUUUAGCAUUGAAUCGAUUAUUGUACAUCCGGAAUACAAAGCACCCUCAACAUAUAACGACAUAGCCCUGUUUCAAGUCAAGCCAAUUAACGGCUCUCUCGGUGGUUUAAAACCAAUAUGCCUGUGGCCAAUAAAAGAUAUUAUUACAUCAGACUUGUUGGCAAUGGGAUUUGGAACCACAAGCUUUGGAGGUCCACAGGCAAAUGAACUAUAUGUUGGCAGCUUGAAUUAUAUUCCUCAAGAUCAAUGUAAAGCGGAGUUUGCUAUAAGACAAGGUAAAGAAUUGCUAAAUGGAAUAAUUGACAGUCAAAUUUGUGCACAGGAUCAUGAAAAGAAGCGAGAUACUUGUCAGGGUGAUUCUGGAGGUCCACUACAACUUAAAGCAGAUUCUCUUUUCCGCGGUAGAGAUUAUUUGGUCGGCAUUACAUCCUUUGGUGUAGGUUGCUUGGGACCGUUACCAGGAGUUUACACUAGAGUGCAUUCUUAUUUAGACUGGAUAGAACGCAUUGUUUGGCCCGAAUAUUAUUUACUAAAAGCUCGCGAGAGUUUAACACCAAGGCAAACAAAAGUAAAUGAGUUUGAUAGCAACAAUGAUAACCCUGAAGCACCUACUUCAUCGUCAGCUAAGGCUAUUGUGAAAAAAACUGGAAUUGAUCGCUAUAUCACUAUUAUUCAAAGGCAGUCCACAAUCGUCGAAAAUCAGCAAUGCUUUCAAAACUCACGAGGUUCACAAAUUAGGAAAAAGAGAAAUUCACAAUUCAAGAGAAUCAGAGUCGAGAAACCACAUGUUCUCGGCCUCAAGAUAUUCUUGGCUCUAACAGACGUUAGUUUACUUUAUGCUUUUGCACAGAAAAGAAGUGAUUGUGUAUACUUAAAAAUGAACGCGAGUCUGAUUUUAUUAUUAGUGGUGAUAUUAAUGAGUGCUAAUGUGAACGGCCAACGUCGAAGACAUCGUCCUGAAUGUGUUCUGAGCAAUCGCAGCCCUGGAAAGUGUCGUUUACUCUCAGAAUGUCCCGAAAUAUCUAAUUUGGGGCAGACAACACUUUGCUCCAAUAGCAUGUUUGGACCGAUUAUUUGCUGCCCGCGACCAAUACGAAGACAAGGUGGAGGCGGAUUCAACCGUGGCAAUGGCAGACCAAACCCUCCAAAUGAAUUCAAUCGCGAUGGAACAAACCCUUGGUUGCCGCCAGACGGUGGUCUUCCUUCAUUUCCCAACGAAGGCAGCAGAAAUCCCUGGCUUCCACAAUUACCAAAUAAUAGACAUGGUGGCUUUAAUCAACAAUACCAAUCUCCGAGCAUUAGUCAACAAAAAUGUCAGCAGUACUACUCUUCAAAUUCAAAUAACAGAGUUAAACGGCAGGAUUUUAUGAGAACUAUAGUGGGAGGUUCGCCUACGCAGAUUGGAGAGUUUCCAUUUAUGGCAGCGCUAGGUUGGCCAAGUACUACAGGAUCUUAUGACUAUAACUGCGGAGGAUCACUAAUAUCAGAAUAUUUCGUAGUCACAGCAGCACAUUGUGCCUCUUCCCGUGGGGUUCAGCCUACUGUUGUGAAAUUAGGUGGAGGGAAUUUAGAAACUGAAGGGAUGCAGUUUUCUAUCGGUAGGAUAUAUGUGCACCCAAAUUACAGAAGCAGCCAAACAUACAACGAUAUUGCACUCAUUCAACUAGAAGGACCCAUUUCAAUCACUCCAGCUUGUCUUUGGCCUACGUUCAACAUAAAUCAAAAAGCAGGAACAGCCAUUGGGUAUGGUCACACAGACUUCGGUGGUCGACGAUCAGAUAAUCUUUUGAAGGUAACACUUAACAUUUUCUCAAACGAAGCUUGCAGUAGAUAUUAUCAGCCUGGUCCACAAAUACAAAGUGGUCUUCAAGAUUCCCAACUAUGCGCUGGCGAUCCCAAUCAAAAAAUGGAUACAUGUCAGGGAGAUUCAGGUGGUCCAAUUUUGAUACGUGUUGAUGAAAACGGACAAAGUGUGCCUUACUUAAUAGGUGUUACAUCGUUUGGACAAGGAUGUGCUGGCGCUGCUCCAAGUAUAUAUACAAGAACUUCAGCAUAUAUCCGAUGGAUAGAGUCAAUUGUAUGGCCUCGCGGAUAGGAGAAACUAAGU